UUUCCUAGUUGACUAGAAGGAUCACGAUGGACGAAUAUCCCAUCAUUGUAAAGGGAGACUGGGGGCCUGAACACGCUAAAAGUGUGAAAAAUAAACUUCAGAUUUACUUCCAGAGUAAGAAGAAAUCUCAAGGAGGAGACUGCGUCGUGAAAUAUGAUGACAAGUGCAACUCUGCUACGAUUCUGUUCAAAUCGUCUGACAUUCGAGAUGGCGUGCUCUCAAAGGCAGAACACAUUAUUACCAUUGACAAUCAGCAAAUCAAGUUGAAAGUGUACAAACCCAGCGAUGUAGAGGAACAGGCAGACAACAUUGCACAACAAGCAGAGCAGGCAUGUGGAUAUCAGGAACCAAAUCAAAGUGCCCCGCAAACUGAUGUGAAUGUAAAGAAGCCUCAAGAGUCAAGUGCUGUGGUCCUGGAGAACCUUUCAGAUGAUAUUAAACAAGAUGUUUUAAGUCUUUUGGUGGAGAACAUCAGCAGUCUUUCUGAAAAUUACUUUAGCAUAGAAUUAAUACCAGAAUUAAGAAAAGCAGUUGUGACCUUUAAAAAUCCCAGUGCUGCAGAAAAGUUUCUUGAGGACAGCAGGACACAUGACAAGUUCAAGAAGAAUAAUCUGAGGGCCCGUGCACUGGAGAGAAGCACAAGUGUGCGAGUGGAGAAUCUUCCAGCUGAGGCCAACAACAACAAGAUGCUGCUGGAACUGUAUUUUGAGAAAUGGGGCGGUCCAGUAGUGGAAGUUAUCACAAUUCCAUCAGAACAAGCAGCCAUUAUUAUCUUUAAGGAGGAAGAAGCCAAAGAGAGAGUUUUGAAGCAAGAGAAUAAUAUCUGUGAAGUUCCAGUCAAGAUAUAUCCCUACUUCAAAUCACUUGAUACUGUCUUAUAUGGUGGCAAAAGACCACAUUUGAAGCUGCCUGAACCAGUUACAGUCAGUGUACAUCCUGCCAUCAGGGAAUUCAUCCUCAAGAAAGGGCAGAUUUCCUCUAUUAAAGACCAGAUGAGCUCACACUCCUGCCAAAUAAACAUGGACAAACCUGAAGUUUUGCUCAGUCCUGAUCCAGCAUUACUGAAACAGAAAGGGGUUACCAGAAGACACAUUGAUGGCUGGAAUAAGAAUGCAAUUGAUGCCUUCAAGAAAAUCAUCUCAAACUACACAACAUCUGAGUGGCCGGUGUCCCACGCCUUGUGGACUAAAGUGGAGAGCAGUGUUAAGGAAGUAGUGAAAGAUCAGGUUUUUACAGAUUUGGAUGCCUCUAAAGGGGUGCUGACACUGGCGGGAAUGACCCAUGAGAUAACUGGACUGAAGCCCAUCAUGGAGAAAAUUUUAGAGAGCGCAACAAAUCAAAUAGAGAGAGAAAAGAAGAGUGUGACUGAAUAUUUGGAGAUUUCUCCUGCUGUGUACACUCUGCUUGAACGAGAUGACCUGAAAAGUGCUACAGCUGUUUCUCCACACCUGCACAUUCACUACAACAAACAAAUGAACAGAUUAGAUUUAUCAGGUCUUCAUACAGAAAUUCUCAUGUUCAAGAAUUGGGCCCUUGAGAAGAAAAUAAAUAUGAAACAGAAGCCCUUGCAGAUUGACCAUUCAAUCCUGGAGUUCCUGAGAUCAGUGGAUUGUGAUGAAAUGUCCACAGAUCUCUUCAUUUCUCAUGGAAUAACUGCUGUCUACACAAUCGAAAAUGGAGAUGUUGUUGUGAUUGGAAGCACAGAAAAAGCACUUGCUGAGGCAGAGAAGAGGGUGAAUGCAGUUCUUACAACCAAAGACCUCACUGUAGAAGAUCAGGGUGUCCUUCAAUUGCCAGAGUGGCAUGAUCUCAAAAAACAAUUGCAAGAAUUGUUCAGUACUUCCAAAAAGACAUCUGUGAUUAUACAUUUAUCUAAACAGAGAGACAAAGUAAUGGUGACUGGAUUCAGAGAACCAGUGAUGGAGGUCAGUCAGGACUUAGGAUGUUUCAUUGAGAAACACACUAGAAUUGAAGAAACUGUUCGUGUCAAAUCACAUGCCACGGUUGAAUUCAUAAAAGACAGAAAAUUACAAGACUGGCAGCAAUUUAUUAAGUCUGAUGAGGUGAAAGUGAGUUUUGAUCCAAAGAGACCCUGGAUCAAACUGUCUGGAGAGCGUACAUUUGUCCAUCCAGUUUUGACCUUCUUUAAUAGUUUGGCAGAUGGUCUCUACACAGACACACUGAUCAUUAAGAAGGCAGGAGCAAAGAAGUACUUCAUGGAGCAAGGUAAAAUGAUGUUCUCAGUGCUGUUAAAGGAAAAAAGAUUUGUUGUGGUUCUUCAGGAAGAUGACAUACUGGAAGAGGAGGAAGAUCAAUUUGCUGUAGGCAGUUUUGGAGAUAUUGGCCAGGUCUCUUGUGAGGUUAAAAUGCCAGGUGGAGUAACAGUUACUGUCAGGAAGGCAGACAUUUGCAAGCUCCAUGAUGAUGCUGUGGUCAAUGCUGCUAAUGAAGAUCUGAAGCACAUCGGUGGUUUAGCUUUAGCACUUCUCCAAGCUUCUGGACCAAGUCUGCAGCAAAACUGUGACUUGCACACAAAAGCAAAUGGACCUCUGAAGACUGGAGAUGCAAUCAUCACUGCUGCUGGUCGUCUUCCCUGUAAAUAUGUAGUGCACGCUGUUGGACCUCGCUUCAGUGAUUCAGACAGACAUACCACUAUUCAACACCUGAGACGUGCUGUGAGGGAAAGUCUGAAUCAGGCGUCAAGCAGAAACUGCUCCUCCAUUGCAAUUCCAGUUAUUAGCUCAGGGAUAUUUGGUUGUCCUCUUGAUCUUUGCACUGAAUCAGUUGCCAAGGAGGUGUGUGAGUACAUCGAAUAUCAUAGCCACAGAGGCUCAAAUAGCACAUUAACUGAAAUUCACUUGGUUGACAAUAAUGGUAACACUGUGAAUGCUAUGACUAAGGCUGUCAGAAAGGAGUUUGCGGCUUAUAACCCCAAAAUGACUUUCCCUCAUCAACCCAAACCCCAUGGGCAUAGUAACUAUGGACAAGGCUAUCGUGAAAAUAGUCAAGGAAACUAUGGCCAAAUAAACCAAGAGUUUGAAGUUGCCAAACGCCGUGGUAAUAGAGGUUUUGAAGAUGAAGCACACUGGAGAAGAGAAACCUCAAGCUAUGGUGACAGAUUAGAUAAAUCUGAAGGGUUACGUGUUCUUGAGACCAAAACUACACAAUGUGGAUUAAAAAUCAUUCUGAGUAAAGGGAACAUCCAGGAUGCACAUGCUGAUGUCAUUGUAAACACUGUAUCAGAGGACUUGGACCUCAGUAAAGGUGCCGUCUCCAAAGCACUCCUUCAGACUGCUGGUUAUCAGCUCCAGUCAGAAAUCACCAGAGCUGCUCGCUCAAACAGUGUGACGUAUGGUGAUAUGGUCAUCACAGAUGGUUAUAAACUGAAAUGUUUCAAAGUCUUUCAUGUAGUUUGCCCAUUUUGGAAUGGUGGACAAGACUCAGCAGAAAUGGUACUCAUUCGGGUGAUUAGAGAUUGCCUGAGAACAGCAGAAACACAGGGAAUUGCUUCAAUCUCCUUCCCAGCUAUCGGGACGGGGAAUCUUGGCUUUCCUAAAGAUCUGGUGACCAGAAUCAUGCUGACAGAAGUCCAGAAAUUUAAUUUCACAAACCUUCAAGAGGUAACUGUGAUUGUUCACCCUUCUGACAAGGAGAGUAUAGAGUGCUUUACCAGCGUUUUUAGACAUGGGAUUCAGGGUCCCGUCACAAAAGGAGCACAUCGACAUGUCAUGCCUAAAAUGAAUCUUUUUGCCAAAUCAGCUCAGACCUCUGAGGUCAUUGGCAAAGUCUCCUCUCCCUCUCUCGGGGUGCACACUAUGCAGCUGGGUCAAGUGAUUCUGGAGGUUUCAUCAGGAGACAUAACUAAAGAAAAAACUGAUGCCAUCGUCAACUCCUCAAAUCAGACAUUUUCUCUGAAAGCAGGAGUAUCCAAGGCCAUUUUAGAUGCUGCUGGAGUACAAGUGGAACAAGAAUGUUCACAGAUUGUGGCAUCAAAUAUACAGCAAACAGAGAUUGUGACCUCAGCCGGGCGGCUUCCAUGUGGAAACAUCAUCCAUGUUAUUGGACGCAAUAGUCCAUCUGACAUUAAGGGUGUUGUUUUGUCUGUUCUGAAGUUAUGUGAGUCACGCCAGAUUACUUCUGUUGCCUUCCCAGCUCUUGGCACUGGUCAGGGAGGUGCAAAUCCAGCUGAUGUUGCAGAUGCAAUGGUUGAUUCAGUGGUCGAUUUUGUAAAGAAAAAGAAACCGGCACAUGUAAGGCUUGUGAAGUUUCUUAUAUUCCAGACAAACAUGGUGGCAGACUUUCACCAAAGCAUGGUCAGAAGAUCUGGUGAGAAAGUAGAGGAGGAUAAAGGUCUGCUUACCAAUAUUAAAGACUUCUUCUGGUCAGGAAGUUCAGACUCUCCUGCAAAUGAAGAGCUUGUGAUGGGUGAAGAAAUUGAGCCAGCUGUGUUUCAACUGUGUGGAGAGACACCAGAGGACAUGAGUGAAGCCAAGGACAUGAUCAACAGCAUGAUAUUACGGGAGCAUGUGACCAUCCCAAUCCAUGAUCCAGCCAUUGCUCAUUUCACCAGGGAGGAUGUAGAAACGCUGAAUGCCAUGCAGAGAGAGCUCACAGUCAGUGUCCGGCUUGAGAAGAAAGGCCAAGACUCUGUAAUCACACUGGAGGGCCUGACAAGAGAUGUUCAUACUGCAGACAGUCGUAUUCGGGACAUGAUCAGAAAGGUGGAAAGGAAUGAAAAUCGAAGGCGUGAGGCUUUUUUCAUUAGCAGUGUGGUUAAGUGGCAAUAUCAGGAGAAUGGACGCAGCCUCAAAAACUUUGAUAUGUUGACCAAUUAUGACUUGGAACAGGCCUUUCAGAACAAACAGCCUUCAGUGAGAAUCAAGAUUAAUAAUGAUGAAUAUGAGGCUCAUUUAGAUCGCAAAGUGGCCAUAAGAGGGAAACUGAGGAUUGAACUGAACAGAGUAGAUCUGGAAGAUGCAGCUCAAAGCCCUUUGCCUUCACACUGGACGGACAUGAAAGGACAGUCAGUUGUUCUUGUAAAACUCAGAGCAGGCUCAACUGAAUAUGCAGAAGUGGAGAAGGAGUUCACAAGCACUGGACUAUCCAGUAACAGCAUCAUUACAAUUGAAAGAGUCCAGAACAGUGCACUUUGGAGAAAUUAUAUGAUCAAAAAGGAGGAACUGGAGGACAAAAACAAGCACAAAAACAAUGAAAAGCAUCUCUUCCAUGGCACUGGCCCUGAUAAGACAGAUCAGAUCAACAAUCACGGCUUCAAUCGCAGCUUCGCUGGCGUGCAUGGAGCAAUGUAUGGGAAUGGAACAUAUUUUGCCGUGGACCCCAAUUACUCAGCCCAAGGCUACUCUGCACCUGAUGUCAACAGACAUAAACGCAUGUACCUUGCCAGGGUGCUUGUUGGCGAUUUCACUCAAGGAAAAAGAGGCCUUCCUGUUCCCCCUGCAAAGAGGUCUAAUAGUGCUGAUCUCUAUAACAGUGUGGCUGACAACAUGAGCAACCCAACCAUGUUUGUGAUCUUCAACGAUGUACAGGCUUAUCCAGAAUACCUAAUCACCUUCCAGUAAUGAUUAUGAAAUCUCAAUUUCUGUCAGCUAGUGUUUUUGUUGCUGUUUUGAUUAAAUUGAACACACUGGCAUAUAAUCUAUCAAAUAUUUUCUAGCAGGAAUUACAUUGUUACAUUUAAUAACAUUAGUUACAAUAAUCUUUACUUUGGCAUAGAUGGAUAGAUGUUUAGACUGAAAUACCAUUUAGCGAAGAGAACAUUCUCUGAAACAUACUUUGAUCAUUUCAAAUAAAUCAAAUUGUAUGCAACUGUUUACAUCUUUGUAUGAUGUUGCCGUUAACUGCUAGAUAAUUUUUUGAGGUCUUCUGUUUAUGUGAAGAAUAUUUAAUAAAUAAACU